GUUGUCUUGAGCACAGUUUGUCGUUGUCGUAACACGCAUUAAUAACAACAGCAGCAGCAACGUGUUGCGCGCGCGUGUCUGUGUGUGCGUGUGUGUGUGUCUGUGUAUGUGCAUUGGUAUUGGUGUGUCGGUUACUGUGCCUGUCUUACUUCUUGACUGGUCCCGUUCCCGUUCGCCCGUUCGCCUUGCGCUUGCUAAAUUAUACACGUCGUCGUCGUUGUCGUCGUUUUUUUUUAGUUUUUUUUCCUGUGUUGCCGCAGCAACAGCAAACUGGUUGCUGGCAUCAGAAGCAGCCGUAGCAGCAGAAGUUAGCAAAAGCAGCUAUCUGUGAAAAACAAUAACAAUAAUAAUAAUAAUAAUAACAGCAACAACAACCGUAUUUAUUUUUUGUUUGGAAAAUCGUCGCAACCACAAAAAAAACCGUUUAGCGGUAGCAGCAGCAAAAGGAGCACACUAAACAGUAACAGCACCAGUAGCAUUAACAGAGCAAUUACAGUAGCUGUUGCCAGUGCAUGCAACAAUUUUCGGUCAAUUCGAAUUCAAUUGCAAGAAACACACAGAAAAGGAUAACAAAAAAACACAAGAACAACAACAACUAUGCCCUGCUCGGCCGUAACUCUGUCAAUAGCGACAAUCUGUGCGAUAAUCGCGACAGCGCUGCUCGCGAUCGCCUUCUCCACAGACAAUUGGCUGCACUAUGACGUCAGACGCAAUCAGAUACAGGCCUUUGCCGCCAAGCACUCGGAUGCGGAGUCGCUGCUGCAUAAUUUGAAUGCCAAGUAUUAUUAUUAUACGAGAACCCGUGGACUGUUCAGGAUAUGCUAUCCCAAGGAGCGACCGCCGGUAACAGCAGUGCCGACGUAUUUGUCACCGAUUGAGACACACUGCUCGAACAUUGACUACUUCCCCCAGGUGGAUGACGACAAGAUAUCGAAUGAGGAUGCCACAUCGCGCCUGCAUUUGGCACGCUCCUGCAUUGCGCUGUUCAUCAUCAGCUUUGUGACAAUCUUCUGCGCGUUCUGGACGGGUCUAUCUGGCUGCUGGAAGCGAUCGUCGGGCGCCAUAACUGCCACAUCGAUACUGCUGCUAGUGACCUGUCUGCUUGCCGCCGGCGCCAUGGGACUCUGGCAUACCGUUGAGUUCUUCGAGAAGGAGAAAGUUGUCGGCGAGGAUUACUUCCAGCAAUGGAAUACGGUGCUGCGAGAUAAUACAAAGAUUGUGUAUGAUUGGUCGUAUAUUGUGGCCUGGACAGGCAUCGGCACCUGCCUCCUGGCUGCCAUUCUAUUGUCCGGCGCCGCCGUCUGUCUGCGCAACGAGCGCGAAAAGGAGGAGCAACUCAAUCUGCAAUAUCUGAUGCCCGUGUACUCGCAGAAGCAGCCACCGUAUCCGCCCUAUGCCAACUACGCACAGCCGCAGAUCUAUCCGGGUCCCUACUAUCAUGGCUCGCAAUACGGACCCUAUAAUUAUUAAUAACAACGAAUAUGCAACAACAACAGCAACAACAACAGCAACAACAACAACAACAUCAACAACGAAUGAAUGAGCAAAGAAGGCGAAGAACAAAUAAUGAACAAAUAGCAUUUUGAAAUCGUUUGAUGAGAUCACAAAAUGUGUAAAGAGCUAUUUUCGAAAAAUAUCGGGUUGGGUCGAAAGUCUCCCAGUUUCUCAACCUGUCUAAACCUUAACUGCAAAUGGCGAAAAGUUGUUUGCAAUUUUGCUAAACAUGAAAACAUACAUGCAUACACACAUAAUAUAAUAUACAUACAAAAACAGACAAAUAUUUAUAUAUAUAUAUACAUAUGUAUAUUUAUAUAUAUAUAUAUAUAUCAAUUUUUUUUUAAAAGAAUUUAGUUUGUAGCAUCCUAUACACAUACAUAUUUUGAUGUAUAGAAAUCGUGGGUGUUGAGUCAAAAUGCGUCUAAGAAUUAUUUGGUGCGCAAAUGUUGCAAAAAUUAAGAGGAAAAACAAAAACAAACAAAAAAAAACGAAAAAUGUUUAAAAAAAUAAAUAUAUAUGUAUGUACUUACAGCAGACAGAACAAUAAAGAUAUAAUUUAUUGUAGCAUGUAACGUACACAUGUAGCUUAUAAUAUUAUAAUUUUAAUGAAUCU